ACGUUGGUCUACCGGGAGAUGGUCGGCAUUAUCCUCUUGUCUCCGUUUUUUACGCCCAAAUUGUACCUUACGGCCACAAUUCUAGUCUGGUAGACAAAACGAAGCCGCCAUGACUUGUUAAGUUCCGGCCACAAAUUGUGAAUUUCAUUUGAUAGCUUGAGGGCCUGUGAAAUCUCGCCGCUCUCGUCGCCAUCUUCUGAUUACAAUUUCUCAGAGAGAGAGAGAGAGAGAGAGAGAGAGAGAGAGAGAAUGGCGAAGGUGAGAUUCAGCUCUUCAUCAAAGGUCGCUUCCAUAUUGCUUCUGUUGGCUCUUUCCUCACUACUAGUUUCUGCGAAGAAGACGCGGGAUGUAACUGAGUUGCAGAUCGGCGUAAAGUUCAAGCCCGAGUCUUGUAACAUUCAGGCGCACAAAGGUGAUACAAUCAAAGUGCACUAUCGGGGUAAACUCAUUGAUGGAACUGUAUUUGAUUCCAGCUUUGAGAGGGGUGACCCAAUUGAGUUUGAACUAGGCAGUGGUCAAGUGAUUAAAGGGUGGGACCAAGGACUAUUGGGAAUGUGCGUAGGAGAGAAAAGGAAGUUGAAAAUACCUGCAAAACUUGGUUAUGGGGAGCAGGGAUCACCACCCACCAUCCCAGGUGGUGCAACCCUUAUUUUCGAUACCGAGCUUGUUGCUGUGAAUGGGAAACCAUCUGGAGGUGAGGAAACAGGUGACAGUGAGCUAUAGAAAAAGCAAGCUGUUCUCCAGGAGGUUUCCUAGUAGCUGGAUUCUGGGCGACUUGAAGGAUUGAUGCCUUGUCACUUUUGUAAACCAGAUAGAUAUUCAAUUUCACUUUGUGACUUAAGAUAUUAGAAGUCCAUGCCUAGUAAUUGUAACAUGAGUGAGGAUAUUUUCUUAUAUUUUUAGCAUUAACGCGUUUGCAAUGAACUUCGAGUUCACCGGUUC